CCUCAAGGACCAAGUUCAACAACGAUAUAACCAUCGAGUUGGACUUGUUCCACUGCAUGCGGCGCUUCAGUCUCGGAGCAUCACUCUCUCUCCACCUUUCUGCCAGUUCCUCUCUGCAGCCUUCCUCGUUGUGGACCAGGGAGAUCUCCAGAGGCUCAAGGAGGCGAACACCUUCUGUGGGAUCUCUCCUCCUAAUCCCACCAAGCUGCACAUGAGAGCGCUGCAGGUCCAAGGUGCCACAGCCCCGAGAGCUGCUGCAGAGGGUGGAAGACGUCCUCCGUCACUUCUACAUCUCAAAAGAUGUCAACCUGCUCCUCUACAAAUCCUCCAUGUUAAAGAUAUGAAGGAUGCAGCGGGUGCACAUCUUGAGAGGCUGCCUGAGCGACCCUGAGGUGGGGGAGGGAACCCUGUACAGGUUUGGUGGCACCUUGCAGCUGAACUACACCGAGGGAGAGGGAGCUGCUGCACCCAUCUGGAUCCCUGAGAGAGGCCCCUCUCAGCAGGAGGGCUUCCACUUUCACCAAGCCCAGUGGGUCACAGGGAACCGGGUUUCCUGUGAAGAGACCAGUGCCACUGUGAGGGAAGCUCCAUCCAGUCUUGUGCCCAUCCUGUCCUUCCACGAGGGGUCUGACGUAAAGUUCCAGCCGCCCUGGAGGCCGUCGUCUGCUCCAGCCGCUCGCACCGGACCGAUGAAAACAGGAGGCAUCGUCCAGGUGCUGGACCACGGCCGGUGGACAGAAGGUGCCAUCGACGGGCUUCUGAUAAAACACCACGGAGCUCCACGCAUGCUGAAGCAGGUGGAUGACGACUACGCCGCCAUGGUCCAGAGGGGGUGCACUGACCCUCACAGUUUGUUACAUCCGACCACAUGCCAACAUAUCUCCAGAUAUGUCAAGCAUCUGGCCAACAGAAAACCCACCAGCUCCUCUCUGAACACCAGCCCAGAGAAGGUGUUGGAGACACAGCAGCUGUGGCAGAGCUUGACCACCGGCAGCCAAACGGUCAGUGUGCCGGUCAUCACCAUGCCUCCUGCAACCGUCAACCCUCCAGCUGUGGCUCCUCUCAAGGAGGAGUCACUGAGCCGGGAUGCAGUGGAGAAGAUGGUGGCUGAGAUCCUGGACAAGCAGCAGCAGCAACAUCCGCAGCAGAAGCUGACGAGGAACUGUCCGGCCUGCGCUCAGCCAAAGUCCCGCUACCUUGCCGACGGUUCCUCGGUUCAUUUAUUCUUCCAGACCAAGACAGUUAAAGAUUUCUACUGCUCCACCAAGGUCUUUAAGACGUAUGCAUGCGAAGGCCUGAAAGACCCCCGCAUGUCCUUUGAGGACUUUGCAGCGUCUCCUUUCUUUGAGCGCGAGCUGGAGGCCGCCAAGCAGAGGGGGGCCGAGUGGAAGAAGGUGAAGGAAGAAGAGGAAGAAGAGGAAGUCGGCGGAGCCGCUGCCGACAGGUCGCCUGUGCCGCUGAGGCAAGGCCCCGGCAGCCCUCAUGUUCACAGCUGCGUCCCCGGGGUGUUGGGGAAGUACGUCUACUGCCCCUCCAGGGUGUUCUCCCUGUACAAGGACCAGGGCAUGGGGAAGGAGAUGGCCUGGGGGGACUUCACACAGUCCGCUUUCUAUGAGGCGGAGAGAGACAGAUAGGUCACAGAGAGGAAGAAGAGACCACACACAUAUAGUAUUAGUAAUACUAAUUAAAUGAUACAAUAAGAAUUAUUGGACAAAUAUAAGCAGCAUUAUUGCAUUGAUAUUGAUUGCAAAUAUAUAUGUCCAGUACAUGAGAAUGUAUAUAAUUAUUGUUUUGGAAUAAAUAUCGAUAUUUUACUAGAAUAAAUACAAUUAUUGCUGUAUAUAAAUAUUAUAUAAUAAUGUAAAUAUAUAUAAAAUGUGUAUCCAUCCUGACAUUUGAGAAGCUAAAACCAGGUCAUGUUGCUGAUUGUUUCAGCACUUAUAUUAUAAAUAUGUUUUUGAAUACACUACUCUAUGUGUGUG